AUGUCUGCCAAACGUAUAGCUAUUAUCGGUGCCGGUAUAUCGGGUAUAGCAGCGGUCAAGGCAUGCCGUGAACAAGGAUUUACUAGUAUUGUCUGCUAUGAGAGGACUGACCAUAUAUGUGGUCUCUGGAGAUACAGUGAAGACGACGAUAAUGAUGUCGACGGAAACGCUAUGAUAAUGAAGACAUUGGUUAGCAAUACUAGCAAAGAGAUGACCGCCUACUCGGACAUACCGGUGCCCGAAGAUUAUCCUAAUUUUAUGGUCAAUUCAUAUAUGUCAAAAUAUCUGCAACAUUGUGCCGAUAGUAUAUCGUUUGAUAAAUAUGUUAAAUUCAAACACCAAGUAAUCACAUGUCGCCCGAACCUGGACUACGACCUAACCGGCCAAUGGUCACUGACGGUCAUGGAUCUGGUCAGCGGACAAGUUUUUACCGAUAUUUGUUCGGGUGUUAUGGUAUGUACGGGACUUAAUAAUCGGCCCGUUAUGCCGGAGUUUACCGAUCAGCAUCGGUUUAAGGGCCAGAUUAUACAUUCGCGUAACUAUCGGAAACCGUCGGCGGUAUAUGAAAACAGGACGGUUGUAGUGGUCGGCAUCGGUAACUCCGGCGGCGAUAUUGCCGUCGAGUUGUCUACGGUGGCCAAAAAAUUAUAUUUGUCGACUCGUAGCGGCUCAUGGAUUGUACGUCGGGUUGGUUUCAGAGGACAGCCGUUUGACACACAAUUCCAUCGACGAGUACUGAACACAAUCAUAGGUCUGACACCGUAUCGUAUGCAAUGCUAUUUCGGGGAACUGUAUGUCAACACGAAAUUCAAUCAUCGGCUAUACGACCUCAAACCAGAUCAUCGGCUAUUUGCUCAGCACCCGAUGGUCAACGAUGAUCUACCCAAUCGAAUACUAUCGGGAUUUGUAACGGUUAGGCCAGACAUUGACCGGUUUACCGAAAACGGUGUCAUAUUUAAGGGUGACACCGAUGUAACCCCGUGCGAUACGGUAGUAAUGGCCACUGGCUAUGAACUAUCCUAUCCGUUCAUACCCGGCUCAGUCCUACCCAUCACCAAGGCCAAUUUCAAUCUAUAUAAAAACGUAUUUUACCCGCACCUAAAACACGCGCAUACACUGGCCAUUAUCGGCUGCGUACAACCUAACGGUGCAAUACCACCGCUGGCCGAACUACAAACUCGUUGGUUCUGUCGGCUAAUGGCCGGUGAACUUCAACUACCGACGGCCGAUAAAAUGCUUAAAGAUAUCAAACGUAAGAACCGGUGGAUCCGAAAACGUUUUCAUAGUCCGGAACGACAUUCACUGGAAGUCCAUUGGAUACCUUAUAUGGAUCAGUUGGCCGCCAUAUUGGGUGUCAAACCUAAACUUUUUAAAUAUUUUUUUACUGAUCCAGUCCUCUGGUGGCACCUGUUUUUCGGCCCCUGUGUGCCCUAUCAAUACAGGCUAAACGGUCCAAACUCCCAGUUCAAACAGAGCCGCCAAUUGAUAGUAACGGUAGACCAGAGGAUACGGGCGCCGCUUAGCACCAGAACUAGACCUAAAAAAUUGUGA